UCAUCACACUUUUAAUUAGACCGGAUCCGCCAAUUAACAGGAAGUCAGCCGGUCCCUCUCAGCCUUUUAAAAGCAGCCGAGUCCAACCUCCAGCAGGACUCUGACAGAGGCUCACACAAGAUUUACUGAAGGAUGUCUUCUACUGUACUUUGUGCUGUUACUCUGCUGGCAUGUGCUUUGACAUUUGGCGCAGCUCAGACAAGCUGUAAAGGUCGCUGUGGUGCUGAGUACUACAGGGGUAACAUGUGCCAGUGUGAUUAUGGCUGCCUGGAGUAUGGAGAGUGCUGCAGAGACUAUGAAUCCCAAUGCACCACAAAAAACUCCUGUAAAGGACGGUGUGGCGAAGGCUUCAAAAGAGGCCGUCUGUGUAACUGCGACUCUGACUGUAUUAAAUUCAAACAGUGUUGUCCUGAUCGUAAUCUGCACUGUGAUGCAGACGAGCCGACUUUGAAUGAUGCAAGUGAUCCUUCUACAUUCAGUGAGGAAAACCAUGCAGAUGACAAUUCUAUUCCACUGGUCAGUCCAACAUCAAAUCCACAAGAUGAUCUUGGUGAUGAUAUGUACAACCAGAUUUUUCCCACUGAUGAGUUUUCCAACAAUGGAGUUGAGGACCCGGAGGCAGGUCCAGUCCCACAGAGCACCAGCAGCUAUGAGUUGUCCACAGCUGACGUGUUGGAUCAAAUAUCUACUGAACCCACCCAGGAUCCAGACCCUCUGCCGCUCAGCACAGAAGCAUUUACCACCUCCACUGAAACACAGACCACUCUCCCAGAUACUGAAAAAGAUGCCGAUUUCAACCCCUCCACCCUUAACCCCACUGAGAGCAAGGAUGCCAGUGAUGCAUCCACUGCUGGAACCACAACAGCAGCAGCGGUCUCCAGUCAGCCUCCUCCAACCACAGCGCCCCAAUCUGACCCUUCUCCUACAGCCGACACCCAAGAGCUCCAGGCAGAGGGACAGGCAGAGGUACAAACUGAGGAUGACAAUAUUCUAGGAGAAACGACUGUAGCCUACCCAGAGGACCCAGAAGUUACAACCCUAUCCACUGCCUCCUACACUCCUGUGGCUUCAGGAUCCACAGGACCCCCUCAGAGCUCCACCACAGUCCUGGAAGACUCUCAGGGCACCACCAUCUCUUCAGUAGCACUGGACCUGACACCCAUCACUGAGGCAACCCCCUCAAACCCUGGACCAGAUGAUGCUGAGAACACAGACAGUGUCCCAACAGACCCCACGUCUUCUCUGGCAGACCCUGACUCCAGCAGUGUUUCUCCAGAAGAGCCUGGGGACCUGCCAGAGCUUGAUACCCUGACCACCCAAACACCCUUGUUUACAGAAGCAGUGCAGGAUGACACAACAAAUGAAGAUGCAGCUAGAGUAACCACUGCUGAUCCGCUUGAUGUUACCCCAGACCCUACUGUCUAUCAGCUUGAUGUUACCCCAGACCCCACUGCUGAUCCGCUUGAUGUUACCCCAGACCCUACUGACGAUCUGCCUAAUGUCACCCCAGACCCCACUGCAGAUCUUCCUAAUGCUACCCCUGACCCUAAUGCCGAUCUUCCAAAUGCUACCCCUGACCUUAAUGCCGAUCGUCCUAAUGCUACCCCAGACCCUAAUGCCGAUCUUCCUAAUUCUACCCCAGACCCAACUGCCGAUCAACUUAAUGUAACCCCAGACCCUAAUGCCGAUCUUCCUAAUGCUACCCCAGACCCUACUGCCGAUCAGCUUGAUGUCACCCCAGACCCCACCAAAAACACUCCACUUGAAGCCACCCCGAAGCCCCAAGACAAACCAGCUCCAAACAAGCCAUCACAAACUAUACCAACGUCACCUAAACCCAGCUACAAUUCUGAGACUAAGCCUCUGAUCCCCACGCAAACCCUCACCAUAGACAAUCCUAAAGAGUACCAAGCAGAUGACAGCAAUGAUACAAAUCUGUGCAGCGGACGUCCGAUCGGCGCAGUCACUACACUGAGGAACGGCACCAUGGUCGUUUUCAGAGGACACUACUUCUGGCUUGUUGACAGAUACAUGGUGCCUAGUCCGGCUCAGAGUAUCACACAGGUGUGGGGGGUCCCUUCCCCCAUCGACACUGCGUUCACCCGCUGCAACUGCCAGGGAAAGACAUACAUUUUUAAGGGACCCCGGUACUGGCGAUUUGAAAAUGGUUUGUUGGACCCUCACUAUCCAAAGGUUGUUCAAGUGGGCUUUGAUGGGCUCCGUGGCCAAAUCACAGCGGCUCUGUCUGUCCCUCAGUACCAGAGCAGGAGAGAGUCCGUUUACUUCUUCAAAAGAGGGGGAACUGUGCAGAAAUAUUCCUACCAGUUGGGUGCCAGUCCAACAUGUGGCAGGAAGGUCAACAAUGCUGUUUACACAGUCCGCAGCAGAGUGGUCCGACAAGCAGUGUCUCUUUUAGGGCCUUCCAUCAAAAUCCGGACAUCAUGGAGAGGUUUCCCUUCGACCAUCACAGCUGCUGUGUCUGUCCCCAGCCGCACAGAACCGGAGGGAUACAAAUACCACGUCUUCUCCAGAUCCACGUCCUACACCGUGAGGAUGGGUGGGGAACUUCCCGUCGUUCCUGCGCCAACAGCCAAGGAGUCACCUCAGAAUAGAGAUUUCUUCAAAUGCCAAAAGAAAGUCUGAUGAAAGAUUUUGUUUUCCUAUA